AUGGGAUCGGCCAUCACUUCUCCAAAGUUGGUCUAUCCGCCUACGCGUUCGGCCCUCUAUUAUGUACCCGCCAAGGUUUUGUACAGGGGUCUGUAUCCGUACGAGCAGGACAUCCUCCCACCGAUAGCCACCUCGUUGGCCUACUCCUCGAUCAAAUACUCCAGGGUAACCCCCAGCGUUCAGGUGCUAAGCCAGGCAAUGGUAACGGUCUUGAAGGCUGGGAACGAUAGGAAGAAGUCCAAGCCCGGGAUGGACAGCGUGAAUAAUAAGACGUGCGAAUUCAGACUCGUGUCUAAGUACACCGAGAUACCUAGAUGCUCGUACUUGUAUUCCGUGGUCGGUAUAUCGAUCAUCAACUGCGUGGUGGUUCCCUCGGUCAACACAGCCAAGAAGGUGAGAUGCGCCUCCUUAUUCUCAGAGUGGCUCAGACGCAUGAUCGAGAUCCACGACACGUUCGGAUUCAGGAUGAACAUCCUCGCCAUGAGCGAGCUGGCGGCUGACUCUAUCAGGAACACAUUCAGCGCCCUUAGAGGGAGCAACAGAAAGGCCAGCUACGUCGGGACCAAUAGCCCAGCCAUGAUCUCGUAUAUGAACGUGAACAAGUUCGUAUCGGCGUGCUCUUUGAACAACUUCAUCGCGACCAUCGAGUCCAGGGCGUACGAGCUGACGCCGGUAAUCGACUACUCGCUGCCGACCAUCGAGUGCCAGUAG